AUACUACAAAAUAUAAUAUCCAAACACGUGAAUUGUUAACAAGUUUAAUUGCAAUUCUGACUUUUUCACCAGUAUGGACUCAAAAGCGUCUAAUAAUGUGGACAGAUAAUCAGGCUAAUGCUAAAGCUUUCUAUUCAGGAUUUUGUAAAAAUGCUAUAAUUAAUGGUAUAAUUGCGCAUAUGUACACAGCACAAAUCCAGGGCAAUUUCUCAAUUAAAUUAGAAUACAUCCCAGGGUCAAGUAAUGUAGACGCGGACCUCUUGUCACGUAAUGGACAUAGACAAUAUAUAGCACACAAUCCGAAUGCCCAGACAAGAAGUGACAAUCGUAGUCAA